AUGCAAAGAGCAAAGAUAAUAUGCGUGGCAGACGAAGAUUACCUACGCGUAGUUGAAGCGGUAUAUGAAAGACCGAAGCAGGCGACUGAGGGACCGCAACGAGACGACCGAAGAGAGCAACUUUCACACAAGGAAAUACCUUCUCCUUUGGAGGUUAAAAGGAGUGGCGACCGUAGACAAGUAGACGUGAUAGGGCCGAAUGAGAAGUACAUAGAAAUAUGUACUUCUCUAAUACAUGUGUAUACUUGUUGGGUGUGCAAGUGGCGAGGAGAUAAAGAACCUAAAAGAUCAUUUCAUAACUUUCCUUCCUGUGAAAAUGAGAGGAAAAAAUGGAAGCAUAUUCUAGGAAUUAACAUAGUUUUGGGAGCUCGAACUACAAUUUGUUCAUUACAUUUCACAGAAGACUGUUUUCAUUAUGGUGUUCAUGGAAGGAGAUUAUUAAAAGAGGGCAGUUUUCCAUCAUUAUAUCUCCCAACACCAGCAGUUGCAUUUGUACUGGAAGAAAGAACUGGACCGUUAACUAAUGAGUCUGAAUGCUCUACUAAGAACAUUGCUAUAAAAAGAUCUAGUGAAGUCAUUGAAGAUGGAAUUCCAAACAAACAAAUUUGUUUGAAGAAUGAGGUUUUAGAAAGAUCGACUACUGAAGAAUCUGCAGAAUCUAAUUUGUCGUUACAAUAUUUACAAAACAAAAUGAUUUUUAAAAAUAAAGAAAUUUCAUCUUUAAAACGGAAAAAUUGGCGAUUAAGUUCUCGCCUGAAACAAGUGCAGACUAAGAAUACAAACUUAAUAACAGAAAAAACAAACUUAAUAACAGAAAAAACAAACUUAAUAAAAGAAAAAACAAACGUAAUAAAAGAAAAAAAGUUGAUGCGUUAUGUUAUACCGCGUAACACGGUAUUGGAUUCGGGAUCCAGCGGGGACGACAAUAGGCGGGCAAUCAACUCACACAAUACCGAAUAA